ACUCCUCCUCACCCCCCUUCUUCUUCCUCCCUUUGCUUUGGGAUUUGAUUUUCCUCAAAAUGAUCCAGACAAUCAGCCCUUAUGCCUCUGCAAGAACCGCUGAGAUCAUGUCCAGGUACAGGCCUAUUGCGCCCAAGCCUGAGGCCCCCUCCCCCAAUUCCCCCGCCGAGAAUGACAAUUCAGCCCUCCCCAAUGGUAUAAGGAAGUCUCCUUACUUGAGGAACGUCUGGGCUCACCUCCAGGCCCGCCCCACCAGGACCCGCAAGCGCGGCCGCACUGCUGCCUUUGCCCCGCCCUCCGUCAAGCGGACUAGAACCUGUCUCCAGGGCCUCUCCCCGCCUUAUCAGGUCAUUACUAGUUCUCCUGCCAAGAACCUGGCCAUGCAUGGAUUUUCUCAUGGUCCGCCUCAGAUUUCUCUUCUCCCGAAUCUUGUCCCGCUUAAGUGCGGCCUCGACACCGCCGUCACUACCCUGGCGGAGUCGGUGGCGCUUCCUCUACUAUGCUGCACCGCCGCCGCCGCCGCUGCCGUUCAGGCCCCUAUUUUCAACCCGGGGAAAGAAAUGGACAACUCCUGCAGCAAAGGGAUAGAUUUGAACAUGACAGCUACAGAUCAAGGGCCCGAGGAAUUAGACUUCUUGCCGCAGCUUCAAGAGCCCGUGAAGCCAAGCGUCAUCUCGCCUCGGCCUGUCCGUCCUGUCGGCUCGAUCAUAAUUGUGAGUAAUAUCGCUGAAGAUCCGGGGCGGCAAAUGACCACGCUGAAGGCGCGCGCGGAAGAGGUGGAGGCGGCCGUAGAGGCGGAAGAAAUUCCAGCUAUAGUAUCCGAUUCAAACAACAAGGUGAGGAUCACCAACUCGGCCUACAAGGAGAUGGUGGGCCAGCCGGAAUGCCGCCGCCACAAAGAGCGGAGGCGGGCAUGCAAGAGGAUUGGUGGAGAGGUCCUGCUCCAUUUCGAGGAUUCGGAGCACCAAAUAGCGUCGGCGGGAGGAUUCAGCUGCCGGGUGAAAAUCGAGUGGGAAAGCAAAGGGAAGAAGAAUAGCGUGAAUGCUUGUUGCGAGGGUGUGAAAUUGGGGUGUCAGGCGAAGGAUUACCAGUUCUUGUGGAGGUUUCGGGCAAUGGAAGAAGCCUGAAAAACGUGGAUGAUUGCAAGUUGUAAAUGAUGAUGAACUAACGAGUAAUAGAUGAAAUGAUAGUGGUGUUGUGUAGUAUAUGAAUGAUAAUUAGACA